ACUGGCACCAAUCGUGUGAUUCGACUCUUUGCUCAAAUGAGUUUGUAGUGUAAGUUGUGUGUAGUUGGGAAAAAGGCUGAAUAUUUGGAAAAUAUCAAUUUUUUCCGGAAAUAUGUUCUCCGCUGAGGAUUUGAUGAUUCCCUUGGCCACGAUGUUCGAUUACGAAGGCGCAUCUUCUGACCUGAGGACGUCGUCGUCCCGGCGAUCGUCGUCGGCACAGAAGGACUACAAAUGGGUCCUUAUGGAGGACUGCGAAGUUACGGACUUCGCCAUCCAGUUCGACAAGGGCGUGAGCCGGAAGGAGAAGGACUUCUAUCGCUCCAAGUAUCCGCAGGUGGACAAGGUGAUGGACAACCGCAUCCACUGCACGUCCUGCGACACUCACUUGGGCACGGCGCCGAUGGACGAGGUGACGAUCCGGGAGCAUCCGGUGCUGAAGGUGACGCAGUGCUCCAAGUGCUACGCCUUCUACACCAGCGGUGAGUUCGACAAGGGUGAGGACGGGAGUGAGCUGUACUGCCGCUGGUGCGGCCAGGGCGGCGAGGUGUUCUGCUGCGCCAAGUGUCCGUUCGUGUUCUGCAAGAAGUGCAUCGUGCGCAAUCUGUCCAAGAACACCAUCAGGGACAUCGUGAAGAAUGAGAACUGGAUGUGCUUCAGCUGCGAGCCGGAGAUCACGUGGCCGCUCAGGGCGAAGCACUGGGCACUCAAGCACUUCAUGGAGAAACAGAGGAAGGUGAUUCUCGCCAAGUAUCAAUCCGAUGCUGACGUGAACUUCCUGCUGAGCCGGGAUUUGACCACGUGCUGCCAGAAGGAGGUUCCGCUGACGCGCGAGGCGCGUAAGAGCAGCGGCGCGCUGGGAAAGUCAUCGCCGGCGACAACGUCCAAAACCACCGUUCUGAAGGCGUCACAAGUGGUGCCGCCGCAGCCGCAGAGAGGUACGGUGAAGACGCGGAAGCGCGCCGAGACGCCUGAGCAGCCCAAAGAUCCGCCCGCGAAGCGUCCGCGGAUGUCUAUGCGCGGCGAAGUGAAGCCGGACAAGCGAGACAACGAAGUUGUCUGCACGCCAGACAUUCUCAGUAUGUUCGAGGGCGGCCAGGCCGAGGCCAAUCCGCCGCCGCUGACGCAGAUCCGUCAGUAUGGCGCCGCGGCGAAUGGCACGUGUCCGCCGACGGCAAAUAAGACAGCCGCUGCGGCACAGAAGAAGACUCAAACCAUCACCAUUGCCAAUCAAUCGCCGGCCACGCCGAUCUAUCACACGAUAAACGGCUACAGGAUUGAUCUGAACUCCGCCGCGCGCCAAGAGACCAUCCGGCUGCCAAAUGGGAAGCUGAUCCAGGUGAAGAAGCAAUCCACGCCGCAAAUGCAGCAAUUCCAGCCGAUGGCGCCGACGGCGGCGCCGGCGAUGCGCGGACUGAGGCCACAGGCGCCGGGCCGAAACAACCUGACGUCGCGUCUGCCCACACGAGCGCCCAACCGAAAGCAGCCCGCCACGCUGCGGCCACAGUCGAGCGCCGCGCCGCCGACAGCCGCGAAUCAAGUGCGUCCACUCGUGCUGAACGGCAUGAUGCAGCCGCAGUGCAACGUGCCGCCGCUCAUCAUAUCGCAGCAGGUGGCCAAUUCGCCCUACGGCAAGGCCAAGAUGGAGCUGGACAGCAGGAUACGCAACGGACAGGAGAUCUGCAUGCACAUCAUUGGGAAGAUGAACACGCUGGUGGCGUCGAAUGCGUACAAAUCGAUGAAAUCCAUCAAGGAUGUGAAGGAGAUUCACAUCCACUUGUCGUAUCUGCUGACGUACGCCAUCAAUCGCUUCAAGACACUGCAGGAGAAGUCGAUGGAGAACAUGAAGACGCUGGGCUUUGGCGGUGACGUGGCCAGCAUCAUGUCCGGCAAGAUCACAGCGUCGACGCCCGAAGAGGGUGAUGACAAUGAUGAUGACAUUGAGAUUGUGGAGCCACAGACGACACUGAUUGACUUGGCGUCUGACGAGGAGGACACCACGACGCAGGAUGCGGAGACGCCAAAGGUCAAGGAGUCACAGAUGUUCCUCGACAAGCUGAAGAUGCAGCCAAAGAUCUUGCUGAAGAAAUUGCCGGGCAGCACAAUUACCGAGUCUGUGCGCGACAAGGAAGGUGAGGAGAUUGUCACGGACAUUCUCAAGGGCAUUCUGGAGGAGGUGCUGGAUAUUGUGGCACCCAGAGAUGUGGCGAAGAGUGAGGAGAAGCCAACAGAAGGGAUGGAAGUUGAUGCGGCAGACUCAAUUGCUCUGGAUGACGAUGAUUCGGGGGAUGUUGAGAUUGUGGAUAAAGUACAAAGUGAGGAGAAGGAGAAGACGCAAGAGGACGAGGAAGAGGAGGAAGUUGCGAAGGAGGAACAAGAGGAAAUCGUGAAGGAAGACAAGGAAGAACCUCCAAAGGAGGACGAAGACGUCGAAAUGCAGAGCAAAGAGUGUGAUGAGACGUCAGUGGAGGAGAAAAAUCAGACUGUUGAGGCGCCGGAUGCAGAAAUGAGUGAUGUUAAGGACGAUUCUAAGCACGAAGACGCCGUGGAAUCGGAUUACAAGACAGACGAAGCUGAGGACAAUGAAGCGGAGAGUGAUGACAAGGAGAUGAAAGAUGUGGAGGAAGAGCGAAAAGACUCGAAUAAGGACGAAAAACCAGCAGCAGAUGAUCAAUGCGAAGAAGCCAUUGAGCCCAGGAAUGGUGAUGUCAAGAGUCCGGAAGCGUCUGUGCAGGAAGACAGUGAAACUGUCGAGGAGUCGAAGAGUGCUCAAGAGUCUCCGGCGUCGCCAGAUGCAGCGACGCCGACGGCGGAAGAGCUGAAGAAGGGCGAAUCUGAGUUCCGCGCUUUCGAGGAUAUCGACAGUCCGGAUGAGUUUGAUGACGCUCUCGACACACCGGCGGACGAAGAUGAUCUGCUGGAUGAUCUGGUGAAGCCCAAUGAUGUGCCCUUCUCCGAUGAUCUGGACUCGCUAGGCAAGUUCUUGGAGAAUCAGGGCUGAAAGAUCUUGUUGAAUCGUUUCGUAGGACAUUUCGUAUGCACUUUCAAUGAAUUUUGACAAACAUUAAGACGUUUUUCUUUGGAAAUUCCUUUAUUUUUUCAACAUUGACUAUCCUGAAUUUUAUUUUCUUUUUUUUUUUCAUUCUCAAACUGAAUUGGGGUUUCUGAAAAAAAAUUUCAAAUUGGUAAAAUUUCUGAUUUUUUCUCUCUCUCUCAUAAAUGCUUCAUUUAAAUAUUAGAAAAAUAGUUCUUUUUUGCCAUAAAUAUAUUAAACUUCUGAAAUUUCGAUUUAUUUUUGUACAGGAUAUAUAAGGUAUUUUUUUCUUUACAUUUAUAUAAGGCGUAAAUCUAGUUUUCUUGAACACUGAAUAAAAUUUUUUCAAUGUUUUCGUGUAGAAAUUAUACAAAAAAAACAAUGUAAUAAAUUUUCUUUUAAUGAUUUAGAAUUUAGAGCACAUAAAUAAUUUUCAAAACUCUACUCGAGAUAGAUUUUUGCAGGAUAAAAAAGCUACUGUGUAUUAUAAUUCACGUCUUAAAAACAAAAACAUAUGAAAUUAAAAUAAACACUUAAAAAAAUAUAAAGAAC